AUGGAGGCGAACCGGUCGCCUUCCAUGAGAGCGCUGGACCUCACGGGCAGCAGCGAUCUGCUGUGCGUGAACAUGGUUUGCGAGAAGGUUGGAGAACCUUGCGUUUGCAGGCUGAGCAGGGUUCUGGAGAGGAACGGCCGCGAGCUGCGAUCUCUGGUUCUGGCCGGGAAUAAGCUCACGCAACUGCCGGCGAGCGUUUUCGAGCUGCAGCACCUGCAGGUGCUCGACCUUAGCGAAAACGAGCUGACGGAGAUACCCGCCGAUGUCGUGAAGCUGGAGAGCCUGAAGAUCCUGGACGUGAGGAACAACCCGAUCUCGGGGAUACCCAAGGACGUGGCGAAGCGUUUCUACGGACUCGUAGAGAUUCGAUGGGACGGCAGCGACACGUGA